UGGGUCCUGCCCGUCCAGCCGGCCCCGCCCGCCCGGCCCUGGGGAGGGAUGCGGCGGCGCGGCGCCCAGGAUGCCCCGCAGCCCCGGGACGCGCCUCAAACCCGCCAAGUACAUCCCGGUGGCCACGGCGGCCGCACUGCUGGUCGGCUCCAGCACCCUGUUCUUCGUAUUCACGUGCCCAUGGUUGACACGAGCUGUGUCCCCAGCCGUUCCUGUCUACAAUGGCAUCCUCUUCCUCUUUGUGCUGGCCAACUUCAGCAUGGCCACCUUCAUGGACCCUGGCGUCUUCCCCCGAGCGGAUGAGGACGAGGAUAAGGAGGAUGACUUCCGGGCCCCGCUGUACAAGAACGUGGAUGUGCGGGGCAUCCAGGUCCGUAUGAAAUGGUGCGCCACCUGCCACUUCUACCGCCCACCACGCUGCUCCCACUGCAGCGUCUGCGACAACUGCGUGGAGGACUUCGACCACCACUGCCCCUGGGUCAACAACUGCAUUGGGCGCCGCAACUACCGCUACUUCUUCCUGUUCCUGCUGUCGCUCAGUGCUCACAUGGUGGGCGUCGUAGCCUUCGGCCUGGUCUACGUGCUGAACCAUGCCGAGGGGCUGGGUGCCGCGCACACCACCAUCACCAUGGCCGUCAUGUGUGUGGCCGGUCUCUUCUUCAUCCCUGUCAUCGGCCUCACUGGCUUCCACGUGGUGCUGGUCACUCGGGGCCGCACCACCAAUGAGCAGGUGACGGGGAAGUUCCGUGGGGGUGUGAAUCCCUUCACCCGCGGCUGCUAUGGGAACGUGGAGCAUGUGCUGUGCAGCCCCCUGGCGCCCCGGUAUGUGGUGGAGCCGCCCCGGCUGCCGCUUGCUGCUCGCCUGAAGCCGCCCUUCCUUCGGCCGGAGCUCCUGGAGCGGGCGGCACCGCUCAAGGUCAAACUUAGUGACAACGGGCUGAAGGCUGGCCUGGGCCACAGCAAGUCCAAGGGCAGCCUGGACCGGCUGGAUGAGAAGCCGCUGGACCUGGGGCCACCGCUGCCCCCCAAGGCGGAGGCCGGCACAUUUGGCAGCGACCUGCAGACCCCACGCCCCGGCAGUGCUGAGAGCGCCCUGUCGGCGCAGAGGACCAGCCCCCCGACACCCGCCAUGUACAAGUUCCGGCCCGCCUUUCCCACGGGUACCAAGGCUUCCUUCUGUGGGCCAGGCGAGCAGGUCACGGGCACUGACUCCCUGACACUGGGGGAGGACAGCAUCCACAGCCUGGACUUUGCAUCCGAGCCCAGCCUGGACGUCCCUGACUACCCACCCAGCAGCCUGCAUGCGGCCUACCCACCAUCCCCACCACUCAGUGCUGCUGACACCUUCUCAGGCGCCUUGCGCUCCCUGAGCCUCAAGGCCGCCAGCCGGCGGGGCGGGGACCACGUGGCCCUGCAGCCCCUGCGCUCUGAGGGUGGGCCCCCCACGCCCCACCGUGGCCUCUUUGCCCCCCACGCGCUGCCCAACCGCAAUGGCAGCCUGUCCUACGACAGCCUGCUGAACCCUGGCUCUCCCGGGGGCCACACAUGCCCGGCCCACCCCUCAGCUGGCGCAGCCAGCUACCGCUCGCCCUACCUGCACGCGGGGGCAGCAGGCGACCCACCACGGCCCCCGCCCCGCAGCUUCAGCCCCGUGCUGGGCCUGCGGCCUCGGGAGCCCUCACCUGUGCGCUACGACAACCUGUCCAGGACCAUCAUGGCCUCCAUCCAGGAGCGCAAGGACAGGGAGGAGCGUGAGCGGCUGCUGCGCUCUCAGGCUGACUCGCUCUUUGGCGACUCGGGCGUCUACGAUGCACCCAGUUCCUAUAGCCUGCAGCAGGCCAGCGUGCUGUCCGAGGGCCCCCGUGGCCCCGCGCUGCGCUGCAGCUCCAGGGACGACCUGGUGGCCGGGCCCAGCUUCGGGGGCGCCCGCAACCCCGCGCUGCAGGCGUCGCUGUCCUCGCUGUCCAGCGCCGUGAGCCGGGCGCCGCGGACCUCCUCUUCCUCCCUGCAGGCAGACCUGGCCAACAGUGGUGCCCCGGGGGCCCGGCCCGCCAGCGGCUCGCACAGGUCGCCCGUGCGCCAGGUCCCUCCGUCCCCACCUAGCACUCCCCGCUCGCCCUCCUACGUGGGCCCCAAAGCCGUCGCCUUCAUCCAAGCGGAGCUCCCAGAACCGCCGCCCUCGCUGUCUGUGCAGAGGGGGCGGAUCGGCACCUGCAGCCGUGGAUGGGGGCGGCGUGGCCAGCCCAGGGUGCCCCCCGGCCUGCACCUGUGCCACCUCGGCCUCCCGGUGGACCGCUCAUCACUGCGGGUCCCCUGGAGCCUGGCCACUGGGGCGCCACCCCGGGGGGCCGUGUGCCGUCUACACUCGGCCGCCUCCAGCCUCUUCCCCAGCCUCUCAGGGCCCGAGCGGGACACCAAGUAGGAGACUACAGGGCCCAAGAGGCCAGGCUGCCGUGGACCCUAGGGUGUGGGCUGGGCAUCCCCUCUCCACCAGCUGCACCUUGACUGACACCGAGCCCACCAGGGCCCAUGACCCUGUGCCCUCCCAGCUCAGGAAGUCCCCACCUGCUGCAGAGGGUGUGAAACCCUAGGUGGGGGCCCUGGAGCUGCUGGGACCAGCACAGCCUUCCCGGGUGUCACCAUCACCUGACCCCCCUGCCUGACCAAGCACUUUACACGCCACUUCCUCCCAGGGAGCCCCGGCCUCUGUGGGUUGGGCUGGGUGUGGGUCUCAGGUCGCCCCUGCAGGUCGCUACACUCCCCCCUCCCUGCACCCAGCACAUGAACAGAUGCCUUAAGCUCCUGGAGCCGCCAGCUGGAGGAUACCCCAGCCCACCGGCCCUGCCCGGUGGUCUUCACUCCUUCACUCUGAGAUGUUGCACCUGGCAAGCUCAGAGGGCCCUGCCACCCCCAGCCUUGCAGCCCCCAGCCAGCUGGGCCUGGACGCUCCCAGGGGCAGAGCUGGGCCCUGGCCGUCCCCUCUGCCUGGGCAGCGGCUGUUUCUCCCACUUGGGGAUGAGCAGCCACAAAGCUAUUCUCUAUUGUUCUAAAAGGUAUUGCC